AUGGACUCUCAAAUGGGGGCACAGGUGCUACUGGACUGGAAUCUAACUGUUCUGCUAAGUUUAGGAAUUGUCAAGUGUAUUGCAGAGAACUGGAAAGUGACCACUAGAAGGACUGCCACAGAUGGACGCCUGUUCUUUGCAACCCCGGUGGAUCCCUUAUUUCUUGUGCUGUUCUAUCUUGCCAAAGCAGAGAAAGAGCAUGGGAAGUUUCAGCCGCUGGAUCAGAUUCUGGUAGAUGCAGAGUUUUCAUCCUGUACGAGGUUGUUACAGUGCACAGAUACCUUGAAGUCUGUUUGUCACAUCGUGGAAGAAAAAGAAACUGGUGGCAAGAAAUUUUAUAAAUAUAGUGAAGAGAAAACAUUGAAGUGGUUGACAAAAAAGGUUAACCAGACUGUGAAAGUACUAAAAAAACAUGACGUGUGCGUGGGAGGGAAGGUGCAGUCCGCUACUUUUGUCAGUAGUAAAAAGCUUUCUGGUGCCACAGAAGAGGACUAUGUUCGCUAUGCCCAUGGUUUAAUAUCAGAAUAUAUUCCUGAAGAGCUGAGUGCUACGCUAGCGAAAUAUUUACGACUUCCAGAAGUUGCUGUUCCUUCUAAGGAGCCGCCACCAAAGAAAAGAAAAACGGCAGAUGAGCCUGUGGAAGCCGAGGAAGAUUAUACCAAGUUUAAUACAAUUGACUUCAAAGGCAAAAAGGCGAACAAGAUGUCAGCUGCUCAGAAAGCGCUAGCAAAAGUUGAUAAGAGUGGAAUGAAAACAAUGUCUUCUUUUUUUGGUUCAAAAACAAAAGCAACAAAAUGAGCUUGUGGGGGUGGGGGGGACACAAUCAUUGUUUUUGUUAAACCCCAGGUUUUUUUCCUACCUUCCUCUCUAGUUUCCUGAUGUAUCUUUAGGCCCCAGAAUUAGAAUUAGGCCCCAGAAGUAGAAAUGGUGUUUUCUAAUAAGAGACUUACUACUGUGAAAAUUAUAGUGUCGUCUUAUGAAAUCAGUGGACUUAGGCUGGAAUAAGAUUGCAUAGGCAUUCAUUGUUCACAGUGUCCUGAUUUUGUUUUAUAGAAUUAACAAUGCACAGUUACUCCAACUUAAACCUGCUGAAAUUAGUGGGGUUAGAUUGGAGUAAUGCUACCCUGGAUUGCAUUGUUUUCUAGAAAACUGGAAGAUUUUGUUCUGAAUUUGUUUCCCGAUUAGAAAGAAACUGAUUUUUGUAAUUUACCCUGCUAGACAAGAAGGCUUUGUCAACUAAUGUGCAGUUUGCAUCACCCUAUUUAUCUCAAUAAAUUUGUUUCACCAUC